UCAGUUUGGAAAAGUUUGUCACAAUCACAGAUGGCGAUAUGCAUAUCCUAUAACUAGCAAUUCCGCUCCUAGGCAUAUGCCCUGCAGAAAUGCAUGCUUAUCUGCCCUACGGUGUGAGAUCAAUGAUGCUCAGAGCAGCAAAACUCACAAUAGCCAAACACUGGAAACAAUGUGAACAUCCACCGGAAGGAUAAAUACACUUUAGUGCAUUAAGACAAUAGAUCACUUUUAGCAAUGGAAAUGGAUGAAUUGUAGUUGCAUGUAACAAUAUGGAUACAUUCCAGAAACAAUGCUGAACUAAAGAACCAAAAGGAUACAUACUGUAUGAUUUCAUUUUACAUCAAGUUCAAAAGCAGGCAAAUGUGACCUGUAUGAUUUAGGGCUAUGUUAUUAAGUGGUAAAGUUGUGAAGCAAAGUGCAAAAUGAUUACUUUAAAAGCCAUGGCAUGGGUAUUUAACAUAGAGGGAGCGUGUUGCAUUUGGGAAGUGAAGACCCCCUGUGGUGUUAGCAAUGUUGUGUUUCUUGAGCUAAGCAGUUCUUGCCUGGAGUGUUCACUUUGAAUAAUUUGAUAAACUGUACAUAUGUGUUUUUCUCUUCUUUACAUUUGGCUAUAUUUCAAAGUAGAAAAUAUUUGAAAGAUAAAUAUAUAAGGCUCAUAAAGUUUUGCAGAACUAUCCCAGUGUUCACCAACAAUCUCUACCCUAACAGAAAUUCUGGUAGAAUAAUCUGCUUAAACACAUGCAUGUAAAGAUUUGCAAAACAACCCCAUAAAGCACAAAAUGGACACUAUCAUAAUAGGAAUAUUAAUUUUCAACAAUUCCUUUCUACCAAUUUGCCUGGAGCUGGAACAAAUUAACUGCAUAGGAAGAAAAGAGAUUGUGAAAACCUUAACUGUUAGCAUAGGAGAACGGUUAGAGCGGUUGGCCCCCAUUUCCCUAAUUAAGUGGUCAUACAGGAAAAGGAAACUAACAUUUUCCUCUUUGACAGUGACUCAUCACACUUCUCUACGCUGUAAGAGAGGCAGGGGAGCCUUCAAGUUACCGGAACGCCACGCGAAGUUGACAUGCAUCAGAGAGAAAACAGAACUGAAUGGGAGCACCUGGAAUUGCUGUCCUGCUGGAUGGAGGGCCUUCCAAUCCAACUGCUAUUUUCCUUUUCAUGACAAUAACACGUGGGCUGAGAGUGAAAGGAACUGUACAGGACUGGGAGCUCAUCUGGCCUCCCUCAGCACAAAGGCUGAGCAGAACUUUAUUUUGCAAUUUUUGGACAGACAAUUUCCAUAUUUCCUGGGGCUUAUGGAUGAAAACUCUGAAGGCCAGUGGUACUGGGUGGACAAGACACCAUUUAACCCACGCACUGGAUUCUGGCAUGAGAAUGAACCCAACAACCAUCAGAUAGAAAACUGUGUUGUCCUUGCUAAUGUUCAGGACAAAUGGGCCUGGAAUAAUUUUCCCUGUGACUUUGAGGCAAGUAGGAUUUGUAAGAUACCUGGAACAGCAUUCAGCUAGAGACCCACAGAAGGGUCCUAGGGAAGAGCGCAGAGAAGAAGAACAAGCCAGACCAGGGCAGGAUGUCCGUGCAUCGUUCUGGGUCAUAGAACAUUGCAGACCUGACAGCCUUAUUUAUUAUAUAGCUGAAUACAUUCAUGAUAAUGUGUUUUUACAUGGUGUUUUGGUGGAGGGACUGUGAGAAUCAGUUUUCAUUAACUUUGCUUUCUGGGUAGUAUUUCACAGUAUUUUCUUUUCUAUUGGUGUGCAUUGAUCACACAUCUACCAGAAAGUCUUCAAUGAUGUAAUCUCUUAGUCAUUUUUGCAUCUGCUCAGAUUCUUAGUUCUUAAAAUUCAAACGUGGGGUAUUUCAAUUAAUAGUGUGCUAUAUCAUUUUUUAACCCAAAUAUCACACAACUUAAAGUUUUAAAAUAGCUUUUUUGUUGUAGUUUGAUGUCUCAUUUUCAGAACUUUUAAUAGUAUCAGUUAUUAGAUUGACAGUCCAUGAAUGAAUUCCUUUUUGAACAACAGUAUAUAGAAUAGUUCUGAAUUAUUGUAUUGCCCAGGUAGGGGAAAAAAAAGGCUAUUUACCUUUCAAAAAAUUUACUUUUUACUCCACCUUAAAUGUUUUCCCGAAACAUGGAGUCCCUAGCUGGCUUAAUUUCUUUUUGAGUGGAAAAGGCCCUUUCAGGCCACCUUAUCCUAACUCCUUCAAUUCUAUAACCAAGGAGACGAAACCCUGGGAAGCCAAAGGGCUCAUCUUCACAUUGUUAGUUCAAGACAAAAACAGGACUAAGGGACCAGAUCACCUUUCAUAAGAGGGGAAAUGUAUUCCCUUUGAUGUUAUAGGAAAGUCACUGGUGGUGACUUGGACGCUGGCCAACAGACAGAAAAAGGUUCUUAAUUAUUGAAAGUAACAUUUUCCUAGUGUUUCUAUAUUUUAAAUUUAAAUCAGAUAAAAAAUCAUAUUUUCAACCCACUUAGGUAAAUUGUUGCAUGUUUCUAUAGAGCUAUAAAGCUAUGGUUCAAGCCAGCAUGGAAGUCCUUGUUUUCAGCAGAAAUUAUGUUUCUGGUGAUGUAUGUAGUACUAAAUAUGAAACAGUCAUAUCUCACAUCAACAAAAUCUGGUGGCCUUAAGAUUCUCAGUUUGCAGAUGAUUCCAGGAUCUAAGCUACAAAAUUUCAUGCAACAGCUUUUUAACCUAACUUCCUUACCACUGUUUUUAAAACCAGUAUUUAUUUUGUAAAUUAGUGAUUUUCUGAAUUUAGAAUAUUAGUGUUUGCUUGAUCAUAUGUGCGUGUGUGUGUGUGUGUGUGUGUGUGUGUGUGUGUGUGUGUCUGCAUUUAAAGCUGAUACUUUUAACUGAAGUAGAACUAGGUGACAUUAGUUGUGUUGGCAUACUCGCUAAAUAAUAUAACACAAAAUCUAUAAAACUUGUUGAAAUAACUUCAUGUAAAUACUAAUAGGCUUUGUAUAAAUAUUAUUUUUUACAUUUGUAUACAACUGUGUGUGUGUAUAUAUAUAGGUAAAGGUUCAGUUGUCAAUCAAAUGUGACUUCUUUGUGAUUGUGUACAUCUAUGUCAACAUACGUAUCUCUGAUAUUUCUCCCCACAUGGAUCAUUUUCCAUUAUGUCCAUAGCUACCAGCACAGACCAAGCCACCAGCUCUUUUACCUAGAUUAUUGCCCUGCCUUCUGACUGGUCUUUCUGUUUCUACCCUUAGACCUUUUUAGCCUUUCUUCAAUUCUCAUGACACCUCUCCUAUUCUUCACAGUUUCUUUAAGACAGCUUAUAGUAAUUUCAUAAAAAUAAAUGCUAAUUUUUUUUGGUAGACUGCGGCAGUCCUAGAAAUUUGAAACACUUAAAAAUCUUAAAUACUGUUCUUAUCUCUGGUAUUUGUGUUAAAAAAGCAAAUAGUAAAAACAUUAAUAAAAGUAUAAGAUAAAUCUCUUUUCUACCCUGAACUCCAGUCCCUUAAAUGUCUCUUCAGAGUAACUGUGAUUAUUAGUUUCUUAUAUGUAUUUCCAUAUGUUUAUAUGCAUUGUAUAAGGAUAUAUAUACAUAUAUAGCAUACAGUUUUUUACACUAAUAAAAACACUGUCUACAUAGUCUUAAACAGCUUGCAUUUUUUUACUUGACAGUGUAGUUGGAAAUGUUUUACACCUUGCUCCUUACAAAGUAAAUCAUGUUUAGUUGUAUUGGUAAAUCAUAAUUUGAGAUGACCUUAAACUGACAAAGUACUUUCUUUAUGCAAUAAAAAUCAACAAAAUAAUGGCUGUAAAAUGAACCAUGAAAGCAAUUCCAGUUUAGAUCCCAAAGGGAAGACAGUUCCAUGAGGAUUUCUUUUCUCCAUGAAAAUAUGGGACUUGUAGAAUGCAUUUGAAGGCGCUGAGAGGUGAAGUACAAUUCUGGACAGUUAAGGAAUGAAUUGUUAACACAUAGAAAACUAGAUAAAUAUGAAAAAUGAUGCCAAUAUUAGGUAUAUGAAGAGCAAAAUGUGUUUAAGAAAGUAGAUGUACUCAUGAUACAGGGCAUGACUUAGCUGUGAAUAAUAUUUACAUAUUCAAAUAAAGUCCUUGAAAAUCUGAAA